AUGAUGGCCGUUUCUUUGAUCUGGGGGAUUGCUGUGGUAGUGAGCUGUUGCAUAUGGUUUAUCGUCGGAAUAAGGAGAAGGAAAGUAGGUGAACCUCCUCUGGAGAACGGAUUGAUUCCAUACCUGGGCUGUGCUCUGAAAUUUGGAUCCAAUCCUCUUGAGUUCCUAAGAGCGAAUCAAAGGAAGCAUGGCCACGUUUUUACCUGCAGGCUGAUGGGGAAAUACGUCCACUUCAUCACAAACUCCCUGUCGUACCACAAAGUCUUAUGUCAUGGCAAAUAUUUUGACUGGAAAAAAUUUCAUUAUACUACUUCUGCGAAGGCAUUUGGACACAGAAGCAUUGACCCAGAUGAUGGAAACACCACCGAAAACAUAAACAACACUUUUACCAAAACCCUCCAGGGAGAUGCUCUGUGCUCACUCUCUGAAGCCAUGAUGAAAAACCUCCAGUCUGUCAUGAGACCUCCUGGCCUUCCCAAAUCAAAGAGCGCUGCCUGGGUCACGGAAGGGAUGUACGCCUUCUGCUACCGAGUGAUGUUUGAAGCCGGAUAUCUAACGCUGUUUGGCAGAGACAUUUCAAAGACAGACUCACAAAGAGCGCUUAUUCUAAACAACCUUGACAACUUCAAACAAUUUGACCAAGUCUUUCCGGCACUGGUAGCGGGCCUCCCUAUUCACUGGUUCAAGACUGCACAUAAAGCCCGGGAAAAGCUGGCUGAGAGCUUGAAGCAUGAGAAACUGUACGUGAGGGACCAGGUCUCCGAUCUGAUCCGUCUACGCAUGUUUCUCAACGACACGCUCUCCACCUUUGACGACUUGGAGAAAGCCAAGACGCACCUCGCUAUCCUCUGGGCAUCUCAAGCAAACACCAUCCCUGCAACCUUUUGGAGCUUAUUUCAGAUGAUCAGGAGUCCUGAAGCAAUGAAAGCGGCCUCUGAAGAAGUGAGUGCAGCAUUACAGAGGGCUGGCCAAGAGCUCGGCUCUGGAGAGCACGCCAUUUGCUUGGAUCAAGUGCAACUGAACGACCUGCCAGUACUAGAAAGCAUCAUCAAGGAGGCUCUGAGGCUUUCCAGUGCAUCCUUGAAUAUCCGGACAGCUAAGGAGGAUUUCACUCUACACCUCGAGGAUGGUUCCUAUAACAUUCGAAAAGAUGACAUCAUAGCCCUUUAUCCACAGUUAAUGCACUUGGACCCUGAAAUCUACCCAGACCCUUUGACUUUUAAAUAUGAUCGGUACCUUGAUGAAAAUGGGAAGGCAAAGACCACCUUCUAUAAAAAUGGAAACAAACUGAAGUAUUUCUACAUGCCCUUUGGAUCAGGAGCUACAAUAUGUCCAGGAAGACUGUUUGCUGUCCAAGAAAUCAAGCAAUUUUUGAUUCUGAUGCUCUCCUGCUUUGAACUAGAGCUUGUGGAGAGUCAUAUCAAGUGCCCCCCUCUAGACCAGUCCCGGGCAGGCUUGGGAAUUUUGCCACCACUACAUGAUAUUGAGUUUAAAUAUAAACUGAAACACUGA